CAAUAGGAGAAGAAGAAGCUGUGUCGCAAAUUUAACGACUGCAGAAAAAAUACCCCGCAAAUUGUAGCAAAAAACUACUUUUGCCUUACUAAAAGUUAUUUGCCUAAAUUCACACUAACAUUACAAUUUGAAUCACUUCUACAAACCAGGUAGCUUGCUCUAAUUACCGCCAGUAGUUUUAGCUAACGAUUUAGGGUUCCAUAAUAUUAGCUAGCUGUUAGCUAUCGUUAGCUUAGAGCUAACUUAGCCCCUGCAGGGAAUUGUAACGUGGCUUGAGUUUCCGAGUUGUUUAGCCGUGCAACGUAAGCUAGAAACUAGUUUCGUAAAAAGCUGAAACAUGUCAGAGGAUUAUGAAUUCAGCGAAGACUCGACCAUGAUGAGAAUGGAAGAGGAUGGAGAUGCAAACAUUGAUGACCCGAUGUCGGCGGCUGGGGACUGUGGCCUGAUGGGGGACGAGGCCGAGGGAUCAAGGAUCGACGCCAGUAAAAACGAGGAGGAUGAGGGGAAGAUGUUUGUAGGAGGACUCAGCUGGGACACGACCAAGAAAGACCUGAAAGAUUACUUCUCCAAGUUUGGAGAGGUUGUCGACUGCACAUUAAAACUGGACCCCAUGACCGGACGUUCAAGGGGCUUUGGCUUUGUGCUCUUCAAAGACCCUGAAAGUGUUGACAAGGUUGCCUCACAGAAGGAACAUAAACUCAAUGGAAAGGUCAUUGACCCAAAAAAAGCCAAAGCCAUGAAGAGUAAGGAGCCCGUGAAGAAGAUCUUUGUUGGCGGUCUCUCUCCAGACACUCCUGAAGAGAAAGUCAGAGAGUACUUUGGUGCCUUCGGAGAGGUAGAGUCAAUUGAACUUCCCAUGGAGAACAAAACAAAUAAAAGGCGAGGCUUCUGCUUCAUCACAUUUAAAGAGGAGGAACCAGUGAAGAUGAUCAUGGAGAAGAAGUACCACAAUAUUGGACUAAGCAAGUGUGAGGUAAAGGUGGCGAUGUCUAAAGAGCAGUACCAGCAGCAGCAGUACUGGGGAGGCAGAGGUGGAUACUCAUCCAGGUCUCGAGGACGAGGUGGGGGUCCCAGUCAAAACUGGAACCAAGGUUAUGGCAACUACUGGAAUCAAGGAUAUGGAAAUUAUGGCCCUUAUGGUUACGGUAACCAGGGGUAUGGAGGGUAUGGUGGCUAUGACUACUCUGGCUACAACAACUAUUACGGAUACAAUGACUACAACAAUCAGUCUGGUGGAUAUGGCAAGUCGCCACGACGUGGUACUCACACCAACAGUUACAAGCCGUAUUAAUGGGGACACCCUCAUCUUCAAGUAGGUAUGUAUCGACAAAAAUACACCACUUACUUUAAACUUAAAGUAGUUAAAUUUACUUUGCUGUUUGGUAACAUUGUGUAUAAUUUCCUCUUAUACAUUUCUUUCUCUCAGCACCCUCAAGUGCUUUACAGUAGUGGUAACAUAGAGGCUACACUCAUGUGGCGAUUAUUUUAACAGCCGGCCUUCUGCUGCCUCUUUUGCACCUUUUUUUUUUUAACUGUAAAGUUAACAGGUAAAGUACUGCUACUACAGUAAAUGGAUGCCAAAGUUAAGGAUGUGCAAGGAAACAGAAAAGGAAGUAUGUUGUCUCCUAACUCUGACAUACCUUGUUUGUACCUGCCAGCGGAGCUUCCUUGCAGGCCAUGAGCUGACUCCCAGAUACUCUCAGGGCCCGCUCAAUGCGGACCGGGUACGAGAAGCAUACGCUCUCGAAUGCUGCCAUUUGGUAUGGUCUUACAACAUCCUGUAUCAGCAUUUCUAAACUAAACAAUAUGGGACACGUCCAGCUUUGUCAUCUUUCUUUCCAUUUUUAAUUUGUUUGCAACUGUUUGUAAUGUAAAACUUUAAAUAUACACAUGUAAUUGUCAUUUUUUACAGGCCCUUACUCCCCCACAAGUAAUGAUUAUAAAUAUGAUAAAAUAACGAUUUGCUUUUCAAAGGAUAUGUACAGCAUUCUCUGGCCUUUCCAGUUCCUAUUGUUAAUAUAUGCAUUCCUAAUCUUUAUCUAAAGUGCUUGUUUCUUUAUUUAGCUCUUGUAGCCAGUAGUCCAUGAGCUAAAACCUGGUUCGUAUUUGGACUCUACUGUGUUGGGGGAUAAAGUGCUUUUACUUUUUGUACAUGUAAUGUUCUGUUUUGUGUUAGUGACAGCGAUGGAAAAGACUCCUCUUUUGUUAAUUUUCCUGUAACGAAUUUUCCUCUUAUAACCUUUUGUAAAACAAGAAGCUUCAAAGUUUCCAGAAAUUUGCAUGCAGUGCUUUCUUUAAUGUGUAUUUUUGAUCAAUCAAAGGUUUCUUCCAUUUAGUAUUUUGGCUUUGACUUCUUCAAUUUAUUGCACUUCAGGAUUUCUAGCUUAUGGACUAACUUUUUUAAACUGUAAAAUGUUAAAAUAAUUGUUCUCAGUUUGUUUUUUCUUUUUACAUUGGUCAUUAUAAACACAGGGGAUUCCUAUGAUUUUUUUUCUUUGUCAUUUUGACUGUGUUUUCAUCUAUAGCUCAUUUGUUUUUGUUUGUUUCCCAUAGGUUUCAGAGUGAUGACAGUCUGCUGUGCACUGGUGGAGCGAAGGCCACAGCGAUGUUGGUAUCCAGCAAAGAUCACUUAGCCGAUUGGCACUAAGACCUACAGUACAUUUCCUCUACAUUUACCACAGUAUUUGUUGGAUGUUUUGCGUUUAUUUAGAUCUCUGCAAAGGGUUGCUGGCUCCUGGUCCCUUUUUGUUCAUUUGUAUUUAAUGUUCUCGAAUGAUGUUUCUGAGUUGCUUGAUUUAUUCCAUAACUGAAGUGUUAGGUUGGUUGGAGCAGAUCACACAAACACACAGUGGUGUGGAAGCAGAGAUACAAGCUGUGCUCUUACAAUUAAUCGUCUUUAUCAUGGUCAUAUAAUACAUAUGUUAUUACAGAGUUUUGAAGUCAUAACCUUACAGUAUAUAUACACAAUGUGUUGGUCUUAAACGCAACAAAAUAAAAAUAAAAACUAA